AUGAAUCUGCCUAGCGCACCAUCGCUCCAAGUUGGAAAUUCCGGAUGCAAAAGGGAACCCCGUGUGGAUAUCAUCCGUGUCAGAAUGUUUUUAAAUGGAAUGUUAAAAAAAAGAGAGGAAAACAUAAUCGCCAAUGGACCAUCGCCCCGAAUUUCCUGUAAAAAAAAGUUGGUGGUUGGGCUGUUUUGCCGCAAUCCCCGCAAUAAAACUCGAUUAAUGGCCGAACUCUCCUCAAAUCAGUUGUGCGAUUGUGCAUUUUCAUUUGUUUUUAAUUCUAAAUCCUGGUGUUGCCGAUACGGCUGUUGA